AUGGAGGUGCAGGAGGUGGUAGAGCUGCUGGAGCUGCCGCAGGAGGUGAAGCUGGCGAAGGAGCGUUCAUUGUUCACGUAUGAGGCUCGCUGGCGCCCUGUUGUCGGCCAAGCCGAACGCGAGAAAGGCUAUAAACCGGCCACGCUCAGCGGUGACGAUCCAUGGCCGUUAGGCAAGGCUCGCGAAUGGGCUAUAAAGCUGGUCCGCACUCUUGCUACUGCCGUCUUCGAAGAUCAACACCGUGAGCAGAAGCUUGGACGCGUAAGGACGGAUAUUGAGGACGAUUUCGCGUAUGACGAUCUGGUAGACGGGCUGAUUAAAAGUCAGCAGACGCACACCAUCCUUGCAAGCAGUACACCGAUCAUCCAUCUACAGCUGUUCUUUGAGAAGGAUCAAGCUGCGCUCGCUGCUGCAGCUGCAGCUACUACUGCAGCCGCUACUGCCUCUCAACCGACCGCUGGCGGUUCGCCUGUCGUCCCAACUGGUAGCACGCAGCGGCAGAGUGCUACCACACGCCAGGACCGAAUAACGCCUGCAGCAAUUUUGGGCACUCUUGCCUCAGUCCCUCUAAUGCCUCUACUGUCUGUUUAUCGUUCUUCUUCCUGA